CAUGACAACUUCCUUGGUAACAGGAAGCUAACGCUGUGUUGCAGAUAUAGUAGUAAAGUAAAUUAACAUAUUUUGUUAAAAAAUAUAUUUAAGGAGAAAGUUUUUCUAAGUCCUAGGAAUAUAUAAAUAUUUGACUAUAUGCUUUCAGUUUUGUGACAGAAUAAGUGUCCGGUUAGCUGUAAUAAUUUGCUAAUAAUUAGCACCAUGUUGGACUGAGAGGAUGGAUUAUCUCCGCUGGUGCCGUACACUUCUGCUGUUCAUUAUCCUUUGUGAACAUUUGGCUAAUGCAGUUACGGACUCAGGCGUUACUUCCUCCGGCUUUUCCAGUCCAGCUCCCGGGCAACCUUUCAGCUCACCGACCCCCGCUCCGGGCGGCGCUACAGCGGCAGCAGAGUCCACCAGUGUCGGGGUCAGCACCACCGAGGAGGUCACUGUGGACCCCAUGGACACCACCAUGCUGACUGUGUCUGAAGCCCCGACUGUAGUGACUCCAACUCCCGCCGUGACUACCGUCCCACCUGUGGUCAUCCCAGACGCUUGUCUCUGUGAUUUAACCCCUGGUUUCUGUGAUCUUGGCUGUUGCUGUGACACAGACGAUUGCGGUGCCACUAACUUGAGUACUGUCUUCACUGGAUGUCCUCAAAAACCUAUAUCAGGAGUUUGCAUUGAGAAAUGGCUCAUCUUCAGAGCCAACGUAGACUCAUCUCUUGUCACAGUGACUGAUUCAUUGUUUUGUGUCAAACCUCAAGAUAAAGCGUCAUCUCCUCCAGCUCUGCUUCGGUAUCCAGCUUUAGAUAACUCACACCACUUUGCCCCACCGCAACCUGCAACUAUAAGCCACAGCAGAGAUUUCUACCGGGUUGAUGAUGUCAUUCAGACAUAUUUCACAAAGGCGUCUGUACGAGGUCUUCUUCGUCAGCCUUCCCCAUCGGCUGCUGCUACAUUCUGCACCAACCGCAACCCUGCAAAGUUCUUGAGGUCGGCAUCUCUGUCAUGUACCCGCUCCAUAACUCUUCAGUCAUGCAUCACAGACCCGAAUCUCAAUGCUCGCUCCUACUUCUCUGAUUUAAGUCUGGUCAAGAUUCCAGUAGCUGAGACGGUACAAGUGUCAGACUUACUGAUCCCAGUGACACCACUGUUUGACUGGCCUGAACCAAGUCAACAAAACACCUCUUGUAUCAAUGUGGUGGAAAAGGUGGAGCUCGUCAUCACCUACACAGGCAGAGGGGAACUCUCAUAUGCAUCAGUGAAUAUAGUUCUAGCCACGGUGGACCCAGAUCAGUUGCUGUUGCAGACACACUCUGUACAGUUCCAGUUGGCGACACCCAGCCCCUCUCCAGGUCCAGUGAUCCCUGCAGUUGGACUUAAAGCAGGAUCUCCUCUCAUUGGUCGCUUUGAUGACACAGUGAAGCCUCUGACCACACUUGGGAUGUCACAGGGUGGGGUGUGUUCUUCUGACCCCAGCAGGAGGACUCCCAUCCUCUUCACCCACAAUACCAUCAGUGGUUGCACAUUUAGUUCCCCAUCUAGUAACUGCUCAGAGCUGCGUUUGCAGAUUUAUGGCGUCUUGCAGGGACUUGCCAUUCCUGAUGUUGUCGCCAUGAACUCAGGUCCACAACCAGACUGGACCAGAGUUCUUACUAAUGAGUGCCCUGUUGGCUCCGAGGAAACCUGUGACUCAGGCUGCACCCUCCCACACUCUCUCACUGUGCAAGUGCUGUGGGCUCGUCAGGGUCUCCUGGCCCUUCCUCAGAGCUACAUCCUGGGGGCCAAAUACCUUUUCAAGUGUCGAAGUUUUAAGUGUCCUGUGUCGUCUCCUCUCACUCUAACCUCCCAGGUGAUGUUUGCUGACACUACAGUUUACCCAGAACCCCCAAGGGGCUCACCUCAACCUCAAUGGAAGUUUCCAUUUGGCUUUUUUACCAGAGGCACUGCUGAGCUGGAUGGACACAUUGUUCUAAACGGCAGUGACACCGUGAAGAUCACAUGGAGUUUAAUGCUGUUCAGUGUUAUGUUAUUAACAGGAUUACAAUUCCUGUGUAGGUAGUUGUUCAGGUAACACUUUGAAGCUUAAGGGCUUCUUAAUUUUAAGAAAAAUGUACUGAAUGGAUGUAAUGAGUGAAUAUUUACUAUGAACUGUUUUAGGGAUUUAUUUAUCUAGGUCUUCUUUUGUACAGUUAAUAAAAAAACCUAUUUUUUGUGUAAAACAUGAAAGUGCUACAUGUCUCCAUAAAAUAAUUAUGUACCUUAAGUUAUUUUUGUACAUUUUCAGAAAUACAUUUAUACACAAG